AUGACCAAGCCGGUCUCACAUCGCAGCGAGUCGCACCUCAAGAGCGGCGCCGCCACCUAUGUUCCGCUCACGCGAGAGCCCCAUGUGUGGCCGCAGCUCGCACCAAGUCGCCGCAGCGGGAUCAGCUCCGCGGUGCAGCUGUUCUCGCUGCGCUCUGCGGCUGCGGCGUGCCGGCGUCGAGCCAUCAGACCGUGGCAUGGCAUGGCAGCUCUUCUCUGGUCGGCUUCCGCCACGAUCGCGCCCAUGCAAGCAGCCACCUGGCCGCACCACCUGCGCUCCGCUUGA